AUGGCUACUGUGGAACUGUGGACCCUUUAUGCAUUUGGUGUCUCGUUCACAUUCCUGCGAACGUACGCCAGAAUCUCCGCCGUAGGCUUUCGCGAACUAAAAUUGGACGACUAUCUAAUAUGGGUUGCUAUUCUCAUCUACACAGCUCAAUGCAGCCUCGGGUACAACCUAGGGGUAGUUGCUCACGGUCUCGCGAACAAUGGCAUGACGCCGGAUGAGCGUAGUGCGCUUCCGCAAGAUGAUCCCGAAUACAUUAUGAGGGUUAUCGGGUCUAAGAUCCAAGUAGCUGGUUGGACGACAGCGGCAUGCCUACUUUGGUCGCUCAAGCUAUGUGUAGCAUUCUUCUACCUUCGUUUAACUAGCGGCCUGCAGAAAUACACCACUCGCAUUUACAUCGCUCUCGGCUUGAUCAUCACUACGUUUAUCGUCAUCAUCUUCACAAUCUACCUUUCCUGCCGGCCUUUCAAUCACUACUGGCAGAUCAGUCCUGAUCCUGGGAACGCAUGCCAAGCAGCGGUAUCGAAGCCGAUUAUUUGGAUGACAUUCGUCUUCAAUGUGUCUACCGAUGUAUAUCUGCUCUUGAUACCGAUUCCUAUGUUAUGGAAGUCGAGCCUAAAGAAGUACAAGAAGAUUGCUGCUACGCUUGUGCUUAGUGCUGGCAUAUUGGUCAUUGUGUGUGCGACGCUCAAAAGCAUUUAUGUCAUUGUGGAUCCCGUCCAUGGCGGUGAGCUUGCAGCCUCAUGGGGUACUCGCGAAACGUUCGUCGCGAUCGUUACUACCAACCUACCCAUGAUCUUCCCCCUGCUCAAGAACUGGCUUACACCCUUCCUACCUAGUACAAUCGGCUCAAGCAACGCCGAACCAUACAAGCCCUCAGGCAGUGGCUUUGUGACCAUCGGGGGCGGCGCAUCCAAGCAAAGCCGAUCGGCGCCACACAGUGCGCGUUACCUCUCCACAAGCCUAACGUUCGACAACGAGAGCGAAGAACACAUUGUGGAGGGAGGCGACGUAAACCUGCAUCGCAUGCAGAGCACCGUUGGUCAAAAACAUGGAAUGCAUGUGAUUGUUGUAUCGAAUCAGGUCAGCAUUACAUCCGAAGACCGUGACAUUGCACGGAGCAAGCAGUCCUUCCAGGUCGUGUAG